UGCAAGAAAGAGAGAGAGCGACGACAGAGAGGGGGUCGUGGUGAGCAGGACAGAACGGAACAAGAGACAAGCGGAUAAGGACGGAGAUAAGGGAGCGUGGGAGAGAGAUAGGCAGUGUGAGCGAGCGAAAAAGUGCGAAGGGAAAAAACGAGGGAACGAGGGGAGAAGAUUAUACAGAGGCAUAGAGAGCCAGAAGAAGACGCAUAGAAAACACGAAGGUACGAGAAGAAGAAAAGUGGCGGAAGGAAACGAGCAAGAACCGUUGAUACAAAGAGAGAUUAGAGAAAGAAGAGAGGAAACGGUAAAAACGGUGGAAAGUAACAAAUACCUAGAUUGGAAAGGUGAGAGGGGGGACUAAGAAAAAUACGGGAAAAAAGAGGAACGAGCGGAAAGAGUGGCGGUAGAAAAGAAGAGGAACGGUGGAAAAGGGACGGAGAAACCGCGUGUAAAAGAGGAACGCUGCAGGGGAGUGAAAGAGAGAGAAAGAAAGAGGGGUAGAGUGCUCGUAUGGUCGGCUUACCGCCUGCCGCGUAGUAGUAGCGUGCCGAGCGAGCAGCAAGCAGUGCUGAACGUCGUCGUCGUUUCUCAGUGUCGCCGCGGCGGUCGUGCCAGACGGUUCUCUUGUAGUAGUUUUUCGUGAGCGCUCAACGUUCCGUUUCGUUUCGUUUUGUUCCGAGCGCGUCAAUUUCGGUGCAACGUGCGACUUGUUUGGAUUAAAUUGGAUUAACGUAUACUCACACAAGGACAUGUCUCCAAAGGAUUAUCGAUUCGGUGGCAGUCUCGUAUCGUUGUAAGGAAUCAUCUAGAAAAUCUUAUAGGGAGAAUAGAUUUUUGAGCAACUUGUCCAAGGAUAUCAAUAUUCAGUACUGUGUGACAGCAAUUGCGACUUUAUUGGCAGUCCUCAUUCCUCGUUGCGGUGCACUUGUCGUAAAAAGGAUCAAAGUUUGAAACAUGCGUGAACGAGGAUACACCGCACGAAACGAACGGCAGACGCGAGUUUGAAAAGUGUAACGACGCCAAACGCCACGUGCUACACAGGCGCCAUCGCAGGCUGAAUUUUGAAUUUCGCGCGAUACAUACGGUGAAGUUUGGUUAUCGUGGACGGUCCUAACGCGUUUUUCUCAGUGAAAAAUCGUGGUUAUUGGUGGUAAUCUUUCUCGUGGCCGUGGAACACGGCGGGUGGUACAUUGUAGCGUGUCUUGCGCCGCGUUUGUACAAGUGGAUUUAACCUUGCGAUCGAACACGUGGAUGCACGCUGUCCUGUCGACGAUGCCGUGAUUCUGAGCGGCCAAGCUGUCUGCACGAAAAUUCCAGGUGCAGAAGAAAAUGCGCGUGAGGUCAAGGUGACGGUAGAGCAUGGAGACCAUGCAAGACAGCGGCGGGCUGUAUGUCGAUGGCUCGAAAGGAAGUGUCGCGUCGGGUUUACCCAUCUCGAAAACAGUGAAUCAGUUGAAAAUAGUGGAAAGUGGUAAUGAAAGUGGCAAGGUGCUGAACGCAACUAAAUCGGAGAUGGAUCCAUAUAAGGAAUUGGAGUUGUAUCUCGCCAAAGUAAACGAAGAGAUUGGUGAAAUCAUCGAGUCAGCGCCGUCGACUCCCCUGAUCAUUACAGACGAGCCAAAGUAUCCCCCACAGACGGCGCCGGUGCAGACAACGUGCUACGCGACGACCGACCUGUGCAACGUGAAAUCGCUUCCCGCAAAAAGCUUCGCGUUCAGACGACAGAACUCCGCCGGUAGGACCUGGAACGCCGUCGAGGACAUCGGCGAAUGGUCGAAGUUCAACACGAUCAUCGCGAACGAAAUCAACGAGCUGACGAAAGAGCUGGAGCGGAAAAGGAACAAGGAAGAGUUGAGGAUCGUGCAGUACAAGGAGCUGUUGAACGAGUUCGGCAUAUCGGACAGCGAGAGUUCCGUUGGAAGCUCGUGCGAGGCGAGCACCGAUCGAUCAUCGUCCCGGCCGAACAAGGAGAACCGUGAUCGACGAAAUGGAAAGUUGUUCAGCGACGAGACAGCCUAUCGCUUCCUGUUGAGCUCGGACUACGACGAGCCACGGGAUCGGAUCGUUUCCGCGGAGAACGAUCGAAGAAAGAGCGGAAGCUUACCCGAAGAUCUGCAACGCAUCAUCGUUGCACAUAGAUACCAACGAGGAUACCAUAGGGAUGUCUUGAACACCGACUACGACCAGCCAAAUAAUUCAUCAUUUAUGAGCUUCAUGGAGGAUCACGGGCAGAUCGAUCGAAAUACUUCUAGUCUAUCGUCGAAACUGGAUCGCGGACGUGAGGUGGAGGAAGAGGAGGAAGAUGAUUCGCGCGCCAAGUACCUUGGAAACAGUUACGACCAACCAAAGAAACAUGUAGAGAUAAGUUCGAAGACCAAUGAAGAAGUCAAUGAAAAGAAAACAGUUGGACCUUCGCAGAUCGGCUCGUACAAUUUGCUCGGUAUCGACAUGGAUAAAGACGAGUCGAGCGCGAAAUUGCCACCGAGACAACGGUUGGACGCCCACAGGAAGACUAGCCUGCCGAUGAAUUUGGCGAACCAGAAACGGAGGAGAGUGCCGAGAUUGGCUAGAAUUCGGCGCAACGACGAGCAAAAUGGGAUGGAUCCCGACUAUGACCUGGACGAGGAUAAAAUACAUUCGCCUGGGCCAAGGUCGUUGGACGGUAACGGACCUAAAUCGGCACCAGUCACGCCAACGGAGGAGAAAAAGUCCCCAUUUUCGAAGUUUCUGUGGAAGAAACACGCGCCUGUUUUUCACGAGAACACAGAGGAUGUCGUUCUCGUCAGAGUCUCCUCGUUACCUGAUCAAGAUUUUCUUCAUAUGGAGAACGACACGUUGCAGGGGAAGAAUGGCCGAAUCAAUUCCAAAGGCCUUUCGAAGAAAAGAGCCGUUUCGCCGUUGACUUUACGUUCAGAUGUAUCAGCGAAAAGAUUGUCGGAAUCUGAUAAGGAUGUGAGACAAGUUAGUCCUGUAGAUUUGAAAAAAUUCUCGCUUUCGAGAUCGAGAGGCAACGACGUAGGUGUUAGCUGUGAUCUUCCGAAAGAUGACCACGCUGGUUCAAUAGGAAGCGUUGAUAGUGGAAAGUUUGAUCGAGUGGAGAAUGUGGACGUGAAGAAAAUACUGGACGAACAGAAUUCUAGAUCUGGUUCGCUACCGAUUUCUCUUCAAUCCCUGUUAUCGAAGAUCCGAAAUGGCUCUGGUUCAUGCUGCCCGAACAGCCCACCGAUGGAUUCGCUUACUUGUGCCGACAUGGCGACGCAAACUUCGCCAGCUAUUUCGAGAAGUUCCAGCUUCACAUGGGUCAGUGAUUGUGACUCUCCACGAGCUGAAUCGCAAAUGGAUUCGCAAUCGUUGCAAGACGAGAGCACGUUAGACCCUGGCUCGCCGCAAGACACCGUGGACGACGACAAUAGAUCGUCGUCGUCGUCGCAAGAUCUUCUGCAGAGCAUGGACGAGAUUUCCUCCGGAAGCCUGUCGCCGGAUACGACCGACAGAGCAUCUCCGCUCGAGAGUGGCAUCGGCACCGCCAGUCCUCCUAGAAGCACCGAUCGACGGAUAGUUAAGCCCCCGUCCUCCAGCAAGUGUCACCGCAAAGAGACCUGGGAGAGGAUCCGGCGACGGCCAUCGAAGUUGAACUCGAGGAACGACAAACAUUCGCAGGAUGUGUGGAUCAAACGCGAGAGCGUACACACGCAGACGAAGGAAAUCGACGACCAAUAUUCGCAGGACGCAGUAGACAGCAGCAGCGGGCUCGACGACACCCUGCCGAGGAUCAAACCGCCUCGGCCGACCAAUUUGCCUCUGUGUCUGUCCACUACAGCGAGUAGUUCGCUAAGCUCUGGGGAAUUAUUGGAAACACCUCCCAGAGCCCCGUCCUCCCCUUCCGCGGCGAGUCUUCAACUAAAACCGGAACCCCUAAGUGUGGAGAUGGGCGGAAAGAGUAGCAGCGCACCCCUGUUGGAGAACAACGAUGUGGAAAAGACGAACGGGAAGGUGCCGAGUUUACAACAGCCACGCUCACAGUCGGAACGUCAACUAUCAGAGAUCGAAGCACAAGAAGCUUGCAAAUGGCUGAGAGCGGCUGGUUUUCCACAAUAUGCACAGAUGUACGAGGAUUACCAGUUCCCAAUAGACGUUUCUGGCGUAGCCAAGGACCAUCCCUUCCUCGAGGCUGAUUCCCUACAAAGUCUAUUUCGACGAUUGCAUGCACUUAAUCGGUGCGCCAAUAUGAAAAUCGACACGCAUCACACGCACAGCACUAGUCACAGCAAAAGCGGUGGCGGCGAUGAUUCGGACGAAGAUACACAGUGCGCCCUCAGCGAGAAUUGGACGUUCGAGAAGAAAACCAGACGCUGGUCCCGCGUGUGCGACGUGACGCAAACCAACGUCGAGAGGUUACAGGCGAUUGCUGGGCAGAACUUGCAAUCCGAGGAGGACUCGUUGGAGGAUCGACUGGAAGCCGAGGAGGCCGAGGAUACUAUGCUGGACACUCUCAGAUACAGUAGCUUACCACCUGGUACGCUUCCCGAUGAGAUCAGCCCGAGAUUUCGAAGAACCGGCUCCGAGAGACUGAGGGAUGGGGCCAAAGCUUUCCUUAGGCGGGUCGAGUCGUUGAAAUCCCGACGGCGAAAGCACCAAAACCGCGACGGCAUCGUCAUCAGUGGCCCACAAAUUCUAGACGUGAUGUCGAUGCAGCAAAAGAUGAAGGAGUUGAAUUGCGUGGACGUAUCACCUACGGGGCCGGCGCCGGUGUCUUUCAACGACCUUUUACCGGGUUCGCCGCUUCACGUGCCUGGAUCACCCGUCACGUUACCAGCUUCUCCUUAUCACCUUCCACCGUCACCUCUGACCAACGCGCCUAGUCCGUUCGGCGACGAUUCGUCGAGUUAUUGCUCGGACGGGUCGCAAGGAGGUGGCCCGACGCCUACGCCGACACGCACGAAGAUGAAUCGAGCGAGAAGGUUCUUGCAUCGUGGCCGAGAGGAUCAAGGCGCGCUCAGCGAUUCCGAGUGUCAGCCUACCAGUUGGCGACACAGGUAUUUCAGAGACGCGAACAGCAAUCAUGCUAAAGUGUUAGAGUACGUGACUGCCCAUCCCCAAAGCCCCAAGGAUUCGCCGACCAAAACUCCCAUAAAUAGUCGCGGAGGAAGCUUGAAUCUUGGGAAGGAGUCACAAAGGUACAGAGACAAGUUGUCGGGACAAAGUCAGGAAAGGUACAAGGAAGACAAGGUGGCCGCGUUGAAGAGGGAAGACAAGAUGCACAAGAGCUUCAGACAUCGCGACGAUCCGUACAGAGAGGGUAAACCCUUGUCCAAGGAAGUGACGGUCUACAGAGAAAAAUCGAGGUCCAGGAGUUCCGAACUCGCUGGAAGUCAAGAGAGCAGUUCGACAGUAGCCAGUCGUGAUUCAGAUCAGGAAGAGGAUUCUCCGAGGCACAAGGGUACCGUUGUUAGGUGGCACAGUUUUCAAAGGGGAUCACUGUAUCCUGAACCGCUGGAUCCUCUGUGUUCACGAGCUAUGGCCUCGAUGUCCUGCGGGCAACUCUUGGUACUGAGGAAAUUGGCUCUGUUAAAACUGACCGCUUGCAUGGAACGAUACUGUCCAACUCAUCGUACGGGUUGGAACUGGGAAUUGCCAAAGUUCAUCAGGAAGAUAAAGACCCCUGAUUACAAGGAUAAGACAGUCUUCGGGGUACCGUUGUUGUUAUCUCUACAGCGAACCGGCCAGGCUUUACCAAAGUGUAUUCAAAUCGCGUUAAGGUGGCUGAGAGCGAAUGCCCUCGACCAAGUUGGAAUUUUUAGGAAGAGCGGUGUCAAAUCGAGGAUACAGAAAUUGAAAAUGAUGACCGAGACUCUCGGGGAUAACAUCAAUUUUGAUGGUCAGCAGGCCUUUGAUGUGGCUGAUCUCGUUAAGCAGUAUUUCAGGGAGUUGCCGGAAGCGCUAUUAACCAACAAGUUAUCCGAGACCUUCAUCGCCAUCUUCCAACAUGUACCUGUUGAUCUGCGACCGGACGCGGUGCAAUGCGUGCUGCUGCUUCUGCCAGACGAGCAUCGGGAGGCGUUGGAGACUCUGCUCGAUUUCUUGAACCACGUAGCGAACAACGCUCCCUACAACCAAAUGACAGCCUCGAACCUGGCCGUGUGCCUGGCACCGAGCCUGUUCCACUUCAACCACAGUAACACGAACGUGACCAACAGGUCGAGCAGCGUAUCGCCACGUAGGAGAAAGACCGUGGGCAUUCCCGAUCAGAGGGAACUGUCGGAAAACAAAGCCGCUCACGACUGUCUUCUGUAUCUGGUCAAGAUGCAUCGUGAAUUAUUCAUGGUCUCCUCGGAUAUGUUGACGCAGUGUCAUUUCAAUUACAUGGAGGAAAGCGUACCGGUCGCCUUGGAGGAGCUGGGAUCCGAACUUAAGCAGGAUUGGAGAGGAUAUCUUUACGCUUGCACUACGGCCUUGUUGAAGGAGGCGCGUGAGAAAAGUCGGGGAUGGGUCACCGUGCACAAUCCAGCUGAUAGCACAGUGGAAAUGGCAUACAAGAAGGUCGGAGAUGGACAUCCGCUCCGAUUGUGGCGAGUAUCAACCGAGGUGGAAGCACCACCGAACGAGCUUCUCCAUCGUGUUCUGAGAGAAAGGCAUAUCUGGGAUCCUCAGCUUUUAAAGUACAGACUGGUCAAUAAACUGGACACCAACGUGGAGGUCUUUCAAUACGCCACUGGGAACAUGAGUCCUCUUCCUGCUAGGGAUUAUUGUGUGCUAAGAUCCUGGCGUAACGAUCUCCCUAAAGGAGCCUGCGUCAUCGUAGAAACAUCCGUAGAACAUCCGGAUGCUCCUGUUAUGCCUGGUGGAACACGUGGUAUUGUUUUAGCCUCGCGCUAUCUUAUCGAACCUUGUGGUAGCGGUAAAUCACGGAUUAUGCAUCUCUCCAGAGUGGAUACAAAAGGACGCACUCCAGAAUGGUACAACAAAAGCUACGGCCACCUCGCUGCCCUUCACCUCAGUAAAAUUCGCAGCUCCUUCAAGCAUACGACAGAUGGUCCUGAAAGUAAAGUCUGAGAGGAGGCAACCGUGCAACGAUCUUCGUUGCACGGUCCUUUCUCUACUCUACAGGAUCAGGAUGAUCAGCAUGAAGAACACAGGAUCCUGAAGGAUGUGCUACAGGUUCAGCCUACCAUUGACGAGGAAUAAAGAAGAAUUCAAAUCGCGCCCACUUCAUCGGUACCAUGACCAACAAGUUAAAAGAUCUUGGAGGAUGUAAUGGGACAACUCGCUGUCAAAGAUAUGAAUCCCGUCGUACGUCUCUCGAGUUGAUUAAUGAGAUGAUAUUUAUAAUUGAAAAUAAGGGAAACAAAAAUAAAAAAAAAAGAAAUGCAAAACAGAAACGUUAACGCUACCAUGCACGAGCUUUAAUCGAUGUGAAGCAUUUUUUGUUGAAGCCUGAGAUGUAUAGAAUUAGACGAAUUAUUAUUAAUCGUGUUGUUAGAGGAUGAAGAAGAAAGAAUUUAUUGUUAUCGUAAUUCUAGACGAAAAUUCUCUCGGUGUGACGUUUUAUUGUCUAAGGAUCUUGCCGUCCAGUGAUCGUGAAAGUCAUUUAAAGAAAAAAAAAAAAAAAAAAAAAAAAAAAAAAAAAUAAAAGAAAGGCAGGAGACCGAAUCGAAGGAAAGUUAAAAAUGGGCUAGUACGUGUUUUCCCCGUGUAUGUAGGAUACAGCGCACUAUUUUUGCAAAUAUCCGUAGUCCGAUGUUAUAACGUUAAUCGAAGUUCCACUGAGCGAUGCUUUUUAUCUUCGGCGAUAACACAUUGUGGAAUAUACAAUCUUUUGCGAUGUUUCGAUGUAAAGCAGAAGAACGCUAACGUAGGAAAUAAUGUUGCCUUUUUCAAUGGUUAGAUAGAAUGAUUUCAAUAACCGUAUCGAUUAAAAUAUACGCGAAGCAUGUGAGAGAAUGAAUGUAGAAUAUUUUUCGAUUUGUAGUCGCUACAAAUGCUGUUGCAAUCUGUGUAUGUAAUAUUCCGCGUCGCACGAUGUUUUAAUCUCACCAAAUGAUAUACAAGCGAUCGAUAGGAGAAUGAAGCCGCGCACAAUAUUAUUAAUUCACUGUUUAGCACUUAAGAGCCCCUAUUUUGUAUGUUUCUUUCGGACCAAAUGCCAAUAUUUCUAUUGUAUCAUAUCACGCGCCGUCGUAACGAGUAUCUCGAGACAUGGUUCUUUCAGAUCGAUUCUUUUUGUACAUGUCACGAAUUAGAUGAUCACGAGGACCGUAUGUAAAAUUAUUGUAGUGGAUACGCAAUUAUACAAUGUAUGUACGUGUAUUCCAUUUAUAUAUAAAAAAAAGCUAACAACGCGAAAAUUGGACGUCCAACGCGGUCCACUUGCGUUCGAUAUUUCUGUACGUGCGAUUUCAAAUUGUAUUUCUUUUUCAAAUCGUCGUAAAAUUACGUCUCCUUCCCCUAUAAUGCCCUAAUCUUACGAUUAAUCCGAUUUAAUCGAGCAAUGCGAAAGGAUUUUGAGUAAAUGUGUAAGUUCUCGCGCCCGUUACAACCGGACGCAAACGAUGUGAAACUCGCGUUAAUUAAGCAAUUGUCAUUGUCACUCGUAUUAUCGAUGUUGAAGCGUUGAAAAAUCGUCAUAGAGUCUAUUGUUAAAUGUCUGUCUGAAAUUGUAAAUGUCAAUCGAGCCGGUGGUCCGGGGAACUGUUUUUUUCAAUUGUUCUCGGCCAGUCGAGCAUUUAGAACGAAUCCGUCAUUGUUCAAAGUUACGUUUGUGCAUGCACUGUAUAACGCAUAGGGACCACCUUCGUUCAGACUCUCCUUACACCUUAAAAGAAAAUGAAGAAAAAGAAAAAAAUAUAUUAUACAAAUAUACCGAAUCGGGAAAAAAAACGACCUGGAGAAAUAAUACACCUCAUCGAAUCGAAUUAUAAGUGUAUUUUAACAUAAUACUAGUCAUUUACAAGUUAGAUGAAGUUACGGAUAUCGGAUAUAAGUGUAUAGAUUUUUAUUCUACGAACGCUACGUCGAGAAUAUUUAAUUAUUAUUAUUAAUAUAAUUAUUAUAUUAUUGACACAUAGAGUAAUUACAUGGAGAAGAAAGAAAUAUAUCGAUGAUAUUUUUGUGUCCAAAAAACGCCAGUAGGGAGCACCGCGAAUGUGAGUGAGUGAGAGAGAGAAAGAACGAGAGAGCGGGAGAGAAAGAGAGAGAGAGAGCAGGAGAGAGCGCGUCUGAAUGUUUCUCCGUUAUUUGUAACGAUAUAUGGUCGUCUUUAUUCUUGUAAUCCGUGUUUCACUAGAAUAUGUAAAUAUGUAUAUUAUACAAUAAUGAAACACGAUUAUAUACUCAUUAAA